GCUGCAUUAAUGUUGAGGGACGGAGCUGCUGAGCUGAUUGCAGUGAAAACUGAGCGCGCUGUACACGACCAACCGGACACAUUUACCGCUUAUAACCGGCUUAUGACCGACUUCAUUUCCUUACUUACGACUCUACAUAUUAUACCUGGGCUUAUUUUAAAGUAGAAAGAUGAUUUCACCGUGGGACAGAUGGUACACAACGAGCUGCUGCCUCUGUUGUCAUGUACGGACGGGCACCAUUAUCCUCGGCAUUUGGUACAUGCUCAUCAAUGCAGUGGUUCUGUUAAUCCUGCUGUCUGCUCUAAAUGACCCAGUGCAAUAUCACUACCAUCUCACUAGUGCUGAACUUGGCACAGACUUGGACGUCAUGGAUGAUGCAAACAUGUGCAUUGCUGCUGCAAUUUCCCUCCUAAUGAUUCUAAUUUGUGGGAUGGCAACAUAUGGUGCAUAUAAGCAACAUGCUGCUUGGAUUAUUCCAUUUUUCUGCUACCAAGUCUUUGACUUUGCCCUUAACACACUGGUAGCAAUAAGUGUUGUGGUUUACCCGAACACCAUUCAGGACUAUAUUCAACAACUGCCUGGGACGUUUCCAUACAAAGACGACUUAAUGUCCACCAACAGUGCAUGCCUGGUAUUUGCUGUCCUAAUCUUCAUUGGCUGUAUCCUGGCCUUUAAGGCGUACCUGAUUGCCUGUGUGUGGAACUGCUACAGAUACGUUAGUGGAAGAGGCACAGAGGUCUUGGUUUAUGUCACUACAAAUGAUACCGCAGUGCUGCUUCCAUCCUAUGAGGAGGUUAUUGCAAUCCCGCCAAAGGAGCCGCCUCCCCAGUACAUCUCUUCAUGAGACGCAAAGAUUCCUGUCAGACUCCUCUGCUCUUCUUUCCAAUUCUCUCAACUAAAAUAUCUGUCAGUAUUGUCUGUUUCCCCCACUCCAACAUCUUUUGUUCCCUGAAGGCAGUAGUGUGAUGUUGACAUGCCCUUCCUCUACAAGUCUUUAACGCUGUCCUGGCAGCACAGUGCUGUGUCUCAGCUCCUUCUAGGAUUUGCACUUUCAGCGAUUAUGCACGGCACAGACCUCCUUUUUUCAAUACUGUGAACUUUUUAGUACUGCUGUCGGCUGCUGGAAUAUCUGACAUGUAAAUGCAGUAGGUGUAAUAAACCCAAAUUAUAUAAAAAGCACUUUUCAACUGGCAAAUUUCCUUGAACCCACUGAACAUAGCAGCCAGGGUUUCAACAUAAAGCUGCUUUGUAGAAACUCUGAACUAAGGAAAUGUCCAAGAGACCCAAAUUGUGUUUGAAAUAUUUAGGUACAAUCUUUACCCACAACAUUUAUUUACAACAGGCGUUUCUAACCUUUUUGUCAUGAAAGUGGACAAAAGCUGGUCUUGUGGGACACAUAUAUGCAUUUAUCUAUAGUAAUGGUAGGCAUAAAUACAGAAGCGCAGGUUGCAGGAUGAGCUCUGCUGAUAUAGAACACUCACUAAGACAGGCCUGACAGAAUGCCAAGCCAUCGAAGAUACUAGAAAAAUAUUUUACAGCGACACAAAUAUGAAGAACGCGAUAACCCACAAAAAAUCCUGAAUUUGUUGAAUUACCUAAAGAUUAAAAGCCAAAUAUAGUACAUUAACUUUUACUUAGCUUAAACUUGGUUUUGAACCCACCUCUAAUGCCAUGUACAUAGCCUAAUUGAGCUGGAAUGGCAAUAAACACAAAAAACACUAAGACAGGCUUAUCUUGGAAGUAUCCCAUGAUGUGCUUAAUUUCAAGGAACUUAAUUUUCAAAAAUCACAGAUUUCACAAAUUUUUACAGAAAAGUAAUUGAAUUACACUCCUAAAUUGAAUGAUAGAAUAAAUGGAAGCUACCAUACACAACACAGCCUACCUUAACAGUUGGAUGUAAACCUAGAACAUUCAGUGAUGGUCUCAAAGAUGGACCGCUGCAUAGUGCAAAUUAACCAAUAAACAUGAGACACUUGAACGCUAUGCGAAUUAAAAAUGUUAAAUUGCUAAACACUAACCUUAAAUUUUACAUUUCACAGCAAAAUCAGUUUGUGACUAGAUUUGCAUGGCCGUGAAUUAGGUAGGGUCUUAAUAUGAAUAAGAAAUAUGCUAUUUUUAUUUGAAUGUAAAGACAUCUGGGGAAGAAAUAUGCAGUUUUAAGCCACUUACACAGAUGCAUCUUGUGACAGUUACCACAACUGUGUAUCAGUCACUAAUGUCAUAUGACCCAGGAGUAAGAAUAAUUUACCCAAUGUGACCUGACACAUUUUUUUACGUAUGUAUUAAAGGUGACUUGGGUGGGAUGUAUUGAUUAGAAGGUGAACUACCAAAACAUUAAAACCUUUUCUUGACUUGUUGACCUUAAAAAUCUGACCAUUUUACUGGAAAGUCUGUCUAGUUUGUGUUUAAGGCCAGACUGGUUUUGAUUCAGGCAUUGCUUUUUCAGACAUGCAGUUGGCUAAUUUGAUUGUGUUCUCCACCUUAGUUGUAAUAAUAAGAACUAAAUAAAAUUAUCGUUGCACUUUUUAAAUAUUUUAGGCUUUUCUGGUGGACCGGCAGCAGGCUAGUUUUUCCUUUACCAAUUUACCAAUGCUACUUAAUCAUGUGUUUGAAGUUAUGUACUUCAGCUUUAAUGAUUAGGGAUAAAGAUAAUUUGUCUAAGUAUGUUCUGUUCAUCAAGCUUCAUUCAUCAGUAAUGUGUUAAACAUUGCUAUUACACAUUUUAUUUACCAUAUGUACAGUGGCUGCCAGUCCUGUACAGCUGUCUUUUCUCACCAGUCAUGUACAUUCUAACCUAGGUAAGGAAGGAAAAGUACACUGUAUGUAGCACAGUAUUAUAGUAAAACUGUAACACCACUGUAGCAGUUUGAGUAACUUCUGAGUAAAGUCUUCCCCCAUAAUUCUAAAUCAAUAUUUGUUAGAUAAAUAAAGAACUAUGCAACAUCUAUGCAGAUAAAUACAGGGCAUUGGUAGCUCAGUGGUUUAGGUACUGGACUAGUGAUCAGAAGGUCAUUUGUAAAGCCCCACCACUGCCAGGCUUCAAUUGUUGGGCCCCUGAGUAAGGCCCGUAACCCUCAAUUGCUUGCAUUGUAUACUGUCACAGUUGUCAGUUGCUUUGGAUAAAAGCGUCUGCUAAAUGCCAUGAAUGUAAAUGUAGGUCAAAGCAACUUUGUACUGUAUUUCAACACACAUCUCAUCAGUUUUUUCAAAUGAAGCAUGUAGCCUCUCUAUUACUGCUCUGAAUUGCCUAUAUGCUCUAGAUACCAUUUUUCCCAUACCAAUUUGCUUACACCGUAUACUCCUCUGUAGGUCCAAAGGAUUGCAGUCAUUACUUAAAUGUGCACUUCUUUUCUUUAUGUAGGUCAGCGGAAAACAAACAUCCAGGCAGCAAUAGGCAGAAAAUAGCUUGGAAACGAAUGCUUAAAUCAACCUGAAUAUAAAGCUUAUUAUUCAAGCAACAAACAUACCAAUGGUUUUUAAAUUGGUUAUACAUCACUAAAAUUAGGACAUCUUGAACUAAUGAGAAGUUCAAAACCCUGUAGUAAACAGGGGCCUGAAAGCACCCUAAGGAACAACAACAAAUGAUAAAAUUGGCAUUAAAUCUGGGGCAGGAUCCCGGUGCAUUAACCUGUCAGGGGGUCUAUAGUGACAAACAAUGUGUAGCAGUAAGUAAAGUUUGUCUCUCCCUGUUUAACUACCGUACAAAAGAGCUCUGUAUUGAAAUACAGUACACUCUCCCCUUAAAUAUGUUUUCUUAUGCAUCUGGAUUUACAAAGCUUUAUGAUGUUACUAAAAGCCCAACAUUUAACGGUAGUGUCUAUGCACAAAUACAUGUGUAAAUCGUCCAGUGCAAAAAUGGUUUGUUAAUAUAACAAUGUUCACACAUUUCAUAACUCACUUUGUUUAAUUUAGUUUGGCCCACAGUUUAAUAUGUUUACAAUUUAGUACAAACCAUUUUUGUGGCAUAUAUGCAGCUGAAAAUGAAAAAAAGAAACCAGCAAAACAAUACAGAAAGGAAACUUAAAUAAAAACAAUGCAUUUUGUAAAACAUUUAAGUUUUUUAGGGACAAAGUUAACCAACACCCAUAACUAGUGUGGAAAAAGUAAUUGCCCUCUUAGCUAAAUGAACAUCAAACACAUACAUUUUAACAUGAAUCAACAUGUAUACAUGAACAGAGCUAGCUUUAACUGGCUGUUGUGUGGGAUUCAGUCUUCAGUUCAAUAACAAGCAAUGCCUUUAGAGCAGGAGUCCUGUAGAACAAAUUAAUCAUGCUGGAUAGGAGAGAAGGACAUCAUCUUAACUCACAACACCAGCUUAUCUUAGUAUGUGAGCUUAUGGCUAUUUCAUUUUUCAACCCGAGUCUACCCAAUGGCAUUACAGUGCUAAAGGAUUAAAAGAGGUAGUGGCUUGCUUUACCGGUCUUAAAGCACAUACUAAGCAUUUCUAAGCAAGUGUUUGUUUUGAUAAACCCCACACCUAAAAUGUUUUUACGCACAGGUAAUGCACAUAUUUGUGCAUAUGCACAAUAUUCGAGGGCUUAGAUUUUCACCUUAAUUCCUAAGUGUGUAAUCUGGUACAUUAAAAAAUCAAUUAUGGUGUUACCAUAGUUGGCAAGAGAGAUUCAAGAUGUACAAUUGACUGAUUUUUACUGUUGAUGUGUUUUGUGUGUAAAUGACUGAAACUUGAUGUUCCGUUUACUGUAAUAUUUGUACUGAACAAUUCUCAAAAAUAAAACAUUUACUUGUUAAUUGAACAA